UUAGAACUAGGGACUGUGCCUUCGAGACGAUGCUGCUCCGAACAACUUGGAGGCGGGUGGCUGCGGCGGUGUCAGUCGCUCCGGGCCCGAGAGCCGAAGCGCCCACUCGGGGUCUGCGCCUGCGCGUUUUAGACCAUGCUCCCCAGUCUGCUGUUCCCUCAGAUACAGCCACUGCUCCGGAGGUGGAGUCAGUGCUGCGACCUCUGUAUAUGGAUGUGCAAGCCACAACUCCUCUGGACCCUCGGGUGCUUGAUGCCAUGCUUCCUUACCUUGUCAACUACUAUGGGAACCCACACUCCCGGACACAUGCUUACGGUUGGGAGAGUGAGGCAGCCAUGGAACGUGCUCGCCAGCAAGUAGCAUCUCUCAUUGGGGCAGAUCCUCGUGAGAUCAUUUUCACUAGUGGUGCUACUGAAUCCAAUAACAUAGCAAUUAAGAGCUUCAAAAACCUUUGGAGUUUCCUGGAUGAUAAGAUUGUCAUUUCUUAUUCAAAACAAGCCCCUUUGGACCUUAUCCGAGUUUAUGGUAAUGAGGGGGUGGCCAGGUUUUACAGGUCACGGAAAAAGCACUUGAUCACCACCCAGACAGAACACAAAUGUGUCUUGGACUCUUGCCGUUCACUGGAAGCUGAGGGCUUUCGGGUCACCUACCUCCCAGUGAAGAAGAGUGGGAUCAUUGACCUGAAGGACCUGGAAGCUGCCAUUCAGCCCGAUACCAGCCUGGUCUCAGUCAUGACUGUGAACAAUGAGAUUGGAGUGAAGCAGCCCAUUGCAGAAAUAGGGCGGAUUUGCAGUUCCAAAAAGGUCUAUUUCCAUACCGACGCAGCCCAGGCUGUUGGAAAAAUCCCGCUUGAUGUCAACGACAUGAAAAUUGAUCUCAUGAGCAUCAGUGGUCACAAAAUCUAUGGUCCCAAAGGAGUUGGUGCCAUCUAUAUUCGCCGUCGGCCCCGUGUGCGUGUAGAGGCCCUGCAGAGUGGAGGGGGGCAGGAGCGGGGUAUGCGGUCUGGGACAGUGCCCACACCCUUGGUGGUGGGGCUGGGAGCCGCGUGUGAAGUGGCACAGCAAGAGAUGGAGUAUGACCACAAGCGAAUUUCAAAGUUAGCAGAGCGGCUGACACAGAAGAUUAUGAAGAGCCUUCCAGAUGUGGUGAUGAAUGGGGACCCUGAGCACCAUUACCCAGGCUGUAUCAAUCUCUCCUUUGCCUAUGUGGAAGGGGAGAGUCUACUGAUGGCACUCAAAGAUGUUGCCUUAUCUUCGGGGAGUGCCUGCACCUCUGCAUCCCUGGAGCCCUCUUAUGUCCUUCGAGCAAUUGGUGCUGAUGAGGACUUAGCUCACUCUUCUAUCAGGUUUGGCAUUGGCCGUUUCACUACAGAGGAGGAAGUGGACUAUACAGUGGAAAAAUGCAUUCACCAUGUGAAGCGUCUUCGAGAAAUGAGCCCUCUCUGGGAGAUGGUGCAGGAUGGCAUUGACCUUAAGAGCAUCAAGUGGACCCAGCACUAGAAGAAAGGACCUCUGACAUUGUGCUAGCCUGACUGCUCCUGCCUCAUCAACCCAUGCACAGCCCAGCACCUUGUUACACCCAGUGGGUGUUUCAUGUUAAAACCAGAAUUGUUAUAAUCAGUUGACUUCAGCAUCAGCUCAUCUCCAAGGCAAAAACACAGGAAUACUAUCUUUCUGGGGGUCUUGGCUGCUUUGGUAGGGAACACUCCUCCCUAUUUCUCUCCAGGAGUCCUUUUCUGCUCUAAUGAGGGGGUGUCUCACCCUGAAACAGGAGGAACAUUUGUUAUGAUAUUGCUGCUGGACACGUCUAUAUCCUUGGUGGGAUGAGCCAAAACUGAAAGAAGGCUCUUUGUUCAGGGACCCUGGUGCUGCACUUGGACAUUUGAGUUGUCACUUACAGCCAUGAGCAAGACUGAUUCCUUCGGGAACAAACGUAAUCAACUAUGAUUUAAUCUUUUUUUGUGGCCCCAAAGGCUACCUUUUCAUAUCAAUUGUAGACUAAACAGAUCUUAGAAAGCUUGUCUUUUCUCUAUCCUUGUAUUCUUUUCUUUUGACCUAGUAGAGUGAGAAAUACCUCUUUGAUCCUACCUAUUAUUCUAAUAAUUUGAUUCUUUUUAAAAGUUUGUUAAUUUGCAGAUUGGAGAAGUAAAAUCAUAUUCCUCUAUUUA